AUGGUCCGGCUGCUGCUGUGGCUGUUGAGGCGCGUGCGCCGAUUCGUCCGCCGCCGUCCAAUGACGAGCUUCCUAAUGCUGAGCCUCUUGCUAUUGGCGCUGCACGGAACGUCGGUGCACCCCGACUGGAACACGGGCGUCGAGAAGCAGCCCAAGCCAGACCGCUUCACCACUCCGGCGACCAAUCAGCACUCAGGACACAUGACGCCGCUGUGGCUGGAGAUGCAGCUGGUGGCGCCCAGCAAGCGGCCCUGGGGACGCUACUGGGGGUGGCGCUGCCGCGCGGCUCGCUGCGAGCGCUACCUGGUGGCCUCGUCGCCGCGGCCCGCCGCCUCGCUGACCUCCUGCCUGAUGACCUGCGGCGCGGUGCCCUUCUGGCCGCGUCCCUCCGGCCGCGCGGCGCUCGGCUCGGCGCACGCCAGGUUCGCCGUCGACAAUCUGCAGAUGAGGAAGCCCGAAGCCGCCUCGAAGGAGGUCCUCCGGAUGCUGAUGAAGGCCGGGGAGGUGUUCCGGAGGAACGUGCGCCAGCUGCUGCCACAGAAGCCCACGGAGGCCGCCGAGAGCAGCGCCGGGUGCGCCGACAACCUGGUGGACGGCCUGCUCGUCACCCUCAAGGUCACGCGCCAGAAGGACACGCGCCUCACGCUGGGCGCCAGCGAGCGGUACUCGCUGCACGUGUCGCGUGCCAACGGCUCUGUGCACGCGCUGGUGCACGCGGCCACCUUCUUCGGCGCGCGCCACGGCCUGGAGACUCUGGCGCAGCUCGUUUUGAAUUAUGACAGCAUUAAUAACUGCUGCGACAGGCUGAACGUGCUGAGCGACGUGAGCAUGCGGGACGAGCCCAAGUUCCCGCACCGCGGCCUCAUGGUGGAUUCGGGCCGCAACUUCCUGCCCGUCCGCUCGCUGCUCACCACGCUGGACGCCAUGGCCGCUUCCAAGCUCAACACCUUCCACUGGCGCCUGUCCGACGCGCACAGCUUCCCGUUCGACACACCGCGCUGGCCUCGCAUGGCGCGCCACGGCGCCUACUCCCCUCGCCACGUGUACUCGCCUCGUGACGUGGCCCGUGUGGUCGAGCACGCCCAGGUGCUCGGCAUACGCGUGUUGCUGGAGGUGAGUGCCCCGGGCCAUGCGACCGCCGGCUGGCAAUGGGGCCCACGAGCUGGCCUGGGAAACCUCACCGUGUGCGCAAGCAACAAUGACAUCUGUAGCAACCCACCAUGUGGUCAGCUCAAUCCCGUCAACGACCACACCUACCGUGUGCUGGGAGACCUGUAUGCCGAUCUGGUGGACAUCAGCAUGCCAACAGACAUGUUCCACAUGGGUGGAGACGAGGUGAACUUGGACUGCUGGAAGAAGUCGCCAGACGUGGUUCCGCCCGGGAAAAGCGUGACCCGGGCCGACUUGGAGUCGCUGUGGUGCAGCUUCCACCAGAGGUCCCUGAAGCAGUUGCUCCUGCGCUACGGCGGCCUGGCGGUGGUGUGGUCCAGCAACCUGACGGACAGCCCGGCGGGGGCCGGCUGCCUCCCCAGGGACCGCUACGUCGUGCAGGUGCGAGGCCCCAGCCACAGGCGGCAGGAGCGUCUGCUGGCGGGCGCCGGGUACCGCGUGGUGCUGUCCCACGAGGACCGCUGGUUCCUCGACUGCGGCCUCGGGCCGGGGACCUGCCGGGCACCCGGGUGGCAGCGCGUGUACCACCACCGGCCCUGGGCCCGGCUCUCCCCGCCAGACGUGGUCCUGGGCGGCGAGGCCUGCCUGUGGGGGGACCACGCAGACCCCAACUCCCUGGACGCCCUCCUGUGGCCGCGCGUCGCCGCUCUGGCCGAGCGUCUCUGGAGUGACCCGGAGGCCGGCGACGAGGAGCCUCGCCGCAUGCGCGACCGCCUGUCGCUGCACCGCGAGCGCCUGCUGAGCCGCGGGGUGCGGGCCGCCGCGCUCGGGCCCCACUGGUGCCACCAGAACCCGCGCCAGUGCCGCCACCCCGACAACCGUGGCUAG